CCUUUGUAACCCCCGUCCCCUAUUUAAACCAAUCAUCAUUUCCUUGUAUUCUCUUUGUCUGUGUGUUUUCUCUUGUUCCCCCGGGGUCAUUAAUUUCAUCCCCGAUUAUCCCAUCCGACUUUGUGUAACUUCCUUCCCCCAAUUACACCGGAUUUCAAUUCGUCUGUUACCAAAAACUUCUUUACAAUUUUUUUUUUACAACAACAGGGGAGAUAUAAACACAAUAUUAUCGUGUAUACCCAUUACCUUUCCACACCCAGUCCUUCUCUAAGAAACCAUGCUUAGAGCUGUGAAAUCCAUAUCACGUUCGCGUGGUGGUUUGCGUGUUAUUAACAACCAGAGAGUUAUCUCUGCUGCCAAUGUUGCCACGCUCUCUUCUUUGUCCCGCCGCUCAUUGGCCACUUCUUCCGACGGGUUCCUUCAGGGGAACAAUGCCAACUAUAUCGAUGAGAUGUAUGAUGCCUGGAAGCAAGACCCUCAAUCCGUCCAUAUUUCUUGGAAUGCUUACUUCAAGAAUAUCGAAUCUUCUGGUGUUCCUGCCUCUCAAGCUUUCCAAGCUCCUCCAACCAUCAUUCCUACUCCAGCUGGUGGUGCUGCCGGUUUCAUCCCUGGCUCUAGUCCUACUUCCGAGGACGUGGUCACCCAUUUGAAGGUUCAAUUGCUUGUCCGUGCCUACCAAGUUCGUGGUCAUCAAAAGGCCAAGAUUGAUCCAUUGGGAAUUUCCUUUGGUGAUAACACCGAAACUCCUAAGGAACUCACCUUGGAAUAUUAUGGAUUCACUGACGCUGACAUGAACAAGCAAAUCACCUUGGGUCCAGGGAUUCUUCCAAGAUUUGCCGAAGAUGGUAAGAAGACCCUCUCCCUUAAGGAAAUCGUUGACAACUGUGAACGUUUGUAUUGUCAACAUUAUGGGGUUGAAUACAUCCACAUUCCUUCCAAGGAGCAAUGUGAUUGGUUGAGAGAAAGAAUCGAAAUCCCAACUCCUUUCAAGUACUCCCCAGACCAAAAGAGACAAAUCCUUGAUCGUUUGAUCUGGGCCACUUCUUUUGAAUCUUUCCUUGCCACCAAGUUCCCUAACGACAAGAGAUUCGGUUUGGAAGGUGCUGAAGGUGUUGUUCCUGGGUUGAAGGCCCUCAUCGACACCUCCGUCGAAUAUGGCAUUGAAGACAUUGUCAUUGGUAUGCCUCAUAGAGGUCGUUUGAACAUGUUAUCCAACGUUGUUCGUAAGCCAAAUGAAUCUAUUUUCUCUGAAUUCACUGGGUCCAAGGAGUUUGAUGAAGGUUCAGGAGAUGUCAAGUACCAUUUGGGUAUGAAUUAUGCCAGACCAACCACCUCCGGUAAGCAUGUUAACUUGUCUCUUGUAGCCAACCCAUCCCAUUUGGAAGCCUCUGAUCCAGUUGUUUUGGGUAAGACUAGAGCCAUUUUGCAAUACAAGAAUGAUAUUGGUUCUUUCAAGAAAUCCAUGUCCAUCUUGCUCCAUGGUGACGCCGCCUUCGCCGGUCAAGGUGUGGUUUAUGAAACCAUGGGAUUUGCCAACUUGCCAGCCUAUUCCACCGGUGGUACCGUCCACAUCAUUGUAAAUAACCAAAUCGGGUUCACCACCGAUCCAAGAUUUGCUAGAUCCACCUUAUACCCAUCGGACAUCGCCAAGGCCAUCAAUGCACCAAUCUUCCACGUCAAUGCCGAUGACAUCGAAGCCUGUGUGUUUGUGUUCAACUUGGCUGCCGAAUGGAGAGCCACCUACCAUUCCGACGUCAUCAUCGACCUUGUCGGUUACAGAAAGCAUGGUCAUAAUGAAACUGAUCAACCAUCUUUCACUCAGCCAUUGAUGUACCAAAAGAUUGCCGAAAAGCUGUCUGUCAUCGACUACUACACCGAGCAAUUGAUCACCGAAGGUACCUUCACCAAGGAGGACAUUGACGAACACAAGAAGUGGGUUUGGAACAUGUUGGAAGAAUCUUUCAGUAAGUCCAAGGAAUAUCAACCAACCUCUAGAGAAUGGUUGUCUACUCCAUGGGAAGAUUUCAAGUCUCCUAAGGAAUUGGCCACCGAAGUGUUACCUCACUUGCCAACUGCUGUUGAAGAAGAAACUUUGAAAUCCAUCGGUAAGACCAUUUCUGAAGCUCCAGAAGGUUUUGAAGUUCACAGAAACUUGAAGCGUAUUUUGAACGCUAGAAGAAAGAGUGUUGAAGGUGGUGAAGGUAUUGACUGGGCCACCGGUGAAGCCUUGGCCUUUGGUUCUUUGACUUUGGAAGGUUACCAUGUCAGAGUUUCAGGACAAGAUGUUGAAAGAGGUACUUUCUCUCAACGUCACGCUGUUUUGCAUGACCAAAACUCCGAACAAACUUACACUCCAUUGAAGCAUUUGAGUGAAGAUCAAGCUGCCUUUGAUAUUUCCAACUCUUCCUUGUCUGAAUACGGUGUCAUGGGUUUCGAAUAUGGUUACUCCUUGACUUCUCCAGACGCCUUGGUCCAAUGGGAAGCUCAAUUCGGUGAUUUCGCCAACACUGCUCAAGUCAUUGUAGAUCAAUUCCUCUCUGGUGCUGAAUCCAAGUGGAAGCAACGUUCUGGUUUGGUUUUGUCCUUGCCUCACGGUUAUGAUGGUCAAGGUCCAGAACAUUCCUCUGGUAGAAUCGAAAGAUACUUGCAAAUGUGUAACGAAGAUGAACGUUAUUUCCCAUCCCCAGCCAAGUUGGAACGUCAACACCAAGACUGUAACAUGCAAGUUGCCUACCCAACCACCCCAGCCAACUUGUUCCACUUGUUACGUCGUCAAAUGCAUAGACAAUUUAGAAAGCCAUUGAUCAUUUUCUUCUCCAAGUCCUUGUUACGUCACCCAUUGGCCAGAUCUGAAUUGACUGAAUUCACCGGUGAAUCCCAUUUCCAAUGGAUCAUCGAUGACGUUGAGUUGAACAAGAGCAUUGCCGCCAAGGAAGACAUCAAGAGAGUCGUCUUGUGUAGUGGUCAAGUUUACACCGCCUUGCACAAGAAGCGUGCUGCCUUGGAAGACAAGACCACCGCCUUUAUCAAGAUUGAACAAAUGCAUCCAUUCCCAUUUGCUCAAUUGCGUGAUACCUUGGACUCCUACACCGGCUUGGAAGACUUGGUCUACUGUCAAGAAGAACCUUUGAACAUGGGUUCUUAUGCUUACGUGCAACCACGUUUGAGAACUGUUUUGGCCGAAACUGAAGCCCACAAGGACAAGACUUUGCGUUAUGCUGGACGUGAUCCAUCGGCCUCUGUUGCCGCUGGUUCCAAGGCCAUGCACACUGCUGAAGAAGAAGCCUUCUUGAACGAAGUUUUCUCCUCUUAAGAGAUGAGAUUACCCCAGCCUCCGCCUCCCUUUAUGAAGGUAUAAGUGUCUACAGUAGCGAGAAUAUUUAUAGUUGAAAGAUGAAUUAGUUUUAGAA